UUCAUUUAACUUUACAACCAUUUACAACAGUGUGUGUGUAACUUUUGGGGUGGGUUUGGGGUUAGAUAAUUCGCACCAAUUUGGUUAGUUCAGUAAUUUGUAAUAUUUAAAUACAACUAAUUUUUAAUGGAAUAUAUGGAACCAUAUAAUGGAGCAAGUUGCUGUACACCGAAAACUCAAUAUUAUUGGGUGGAUAUUACUAAGGAUUUCUUAACAUCUGUUAAUGAUCUUAAACUUGGGGAGCUCUUGCAUGAUUCUCUUUUCGGGCUUUUUGAGGCCAUGUCAGCUAUCGAAAUGAUGGAUCCUAAAAUGGAUGCAGGUAUGCUCUGCAAUAGGGGGAAUAAAAAAGCAAAAACAUUUGAUCAGUCAAUUGAGGAUGGUUCUUUGAAAUUGAAAGAUAUAAGCAAUGCAGAUUUAAUUGGAAUUAUAGAUACAACAUUUGCAUGUCUUGUGUCUUGGCUUGAAGGACAUUCCUUAGCUCAAACAGUGUUUACCAAUUUGUACCUGCAUAAGCCAUAUUUAAUUGAAGAUAGAGCAUUAAAGGCAUUUUGUUUAUCUAUUUACAAACUUCUAGAAAUUAUUAAGGAAUAUAUUCAUAAAGCAAUGGUCUGUGAAGAAGAAGACUUUCAAUCAAUGCAGUAUGGGUACCAUUUAUAUCCUGAUAUAUCAGAGCAGAGAGCUAUAGGAAUGUUGCAAGAGGUUGAGGAAGAUUUGCACAAAAGAACAAGAGCUAAACAUAAUGAAGUACAAUCAUCAAUUGAGGUAGAAGAGAUUGUUGCUUUAUAUUCUAGAAUAAAGUUUGUUCGGGCAUUGUAUCAAAUAUUGUCAAUAUUUAGGCAAAGAAAAGAUGACGUGCAGUCUUCUUCCAAUGAUGUCAACAAAUUAUUAAACCAAAAAUUGAAAAUAGCAUCUGAUAUGCUUUUCGUCAUGAACAAAACUGUGUGUUUGGGUAGCUACUCAUCAAGUUCUGAUUUAUCUCCUGCUUUGGGCUUUGAACCAUUGAUUAAUCAGAGGUUGCUUCCACCCACGUUUCCAAGGUAUACAAAAAUUAAACCAAGAUCAGAGGCAUUAGGUUAUUUCGUGAAUAUGGUCGAAAGACUGAAAGGUCUUAUAAACGUUCAGUCUAUAGUAGCAUACAAUCAGGCUUUAGACUUUUUCAUUGAAUUCAGUAAGGAAAGUCCUUGUAUUUUGUCGAGGUCUGCCUUGCAGUUAUUAUAUGUAGGGAGUUAUAGUAUAAUAAUGAAUGCAGGUUCACCUACAUUUAAAGAUAUCUUAAAAGAAGCUGCAAAAUUGUUUAUAUCCCCACCCGCUUUGGUCUCUAAGUCAAUUUUAUAUAAUCAGCAAGCCAAAACUUAUGUUGAAAGUUUUUUUACUCAUUGUACACGACCUUUCUCUAACUUUUUGCAACUGUGCGGACAUAAUAGAGCGAGACAAAGGGACAAGCUAGCUCAUCUGCUGGAUGAAUUUACUGCAUUGCAGGAUGAAGCUGAACGCGUUGAUCUUCAUAUACACAACAUCUUCAUGACCUGUAACCUGUCUCGAUCACAUUUGGCAUGCUUUGGAACUUGGAUCUUAUACCAUACACUGCGUAUAAUGAUUAUGUACUUGCUAUCUGGAUUUGAGCUGGAACUGUACAGUGCUCAUGAGUACUACUACAUUUAUUGGUACAUGUAUGAAUUCCUGUAUGGGUGGUUAGUAUCUGCAUUAACCAGAGCUGAUAGCUUCUUGGCAGAGCAAGAACUGUAUAACGAGCUUCCAAAGUACAAGGGUUCGAAUAAGAAGAAGAACAAGUGCAAGAAAAAACCCAGGCCAUACUUGAAAGAAUCCUUGUACUACCAGGCUUUGCAGAACAUGUGUGGAGGUUACUACAAGGCUUUGAUGGGCUUUCGUAUGGACGGGAAACUCCAAAUGCCGCAUCCACAAUUUGAUAGUGAACAAGUGAGGUACGAUCAUAGAUUUGGACCAUUUCAAAAUUUACUGACACCACCUCCGGUUCAUUAUCGAGAAUUCCGUGAACUCACAUCGCCGGAACGAUAUCAGCAACAACCAGUGGACAGUUCCUAUUUAUAUUUAUCAGGAUGCAAGCAUUUUCAUCAAGCUAGGCAACUUCUGGAAGGAAUUUCACCAGCCGAAAAAGAGGUCACCGAUUUGUUGAAAAUUUCGAAAACCAACUUCGUGGUGUUGAAAUUAUUAGCUGGUGGACACAAAAAGGAUUCAACUAAAUGUCCGGAAUUCGAUUUCACUUUAAGUAAGCACUUCCCAAUAUUCAAACUUUCUUAAACCGAAAUUUGUACUAAUUUAUGCUGUUUGUAUUUUGAAUAUUUAUAAUUACGAAAAUAUGAUUUAUAAUAUUUAA